AUGCACGCACCAAGGACCAUCUGCUCAAGAUGUGCCUCGCAGAUCCGCUCAGUUCAGGCUCGCUCUCUCGGCGGCGCGGCGCUGUUUGCGUCCAUGGGUGAUGCCUCAAAUGCAUCAUCAAACACAUCGUCGAAUGUCUCAUCCAGUAUAACAAGGGACGGGGCUGGAGAGGCAGCUGGACGGCAGCUUUACAGCAAUGGGCGAGGAGCUCCAAAAAGGAGCCAGCGAAGACCUUUCAACGGACCGUCAAGCUUCACAAAGAGGGGACCGCUGCGGCCCUCGGAAGACUCUGCCAUUGCGCUCUUCAAUGAUGUCGUCAGUCCAGAGGCCAAGAGGGCGGCAUCGCAGUCGUCUCCCCUUGGUGAGCUGGAGAUUGCGGCCAAGAUUAAGGAUCUGUCUGCCAAACAGAUGGACGUUGUUGAGAAGCUGCAAGUCUUCCAGACAACCAUCGAGCCGCACCUCAACGAGUUCCGCGGACAAAUGCCUAAGCAUUUACUCCUCUCAUCGACUCUAUUUCUCGACAAGAUGUGCGAAGAGAUUGUCGAACACGGCUACACCGGCCACGGCGUCGAUCUAUCCCUGCUCUACAGCAUCGUGAGAAAGACUGAUCUCGACGUAAGGAAUCAGCUCGUUCUCAACGUCUGCCACGCCCUCAUUUUCGAUAAGAGAGAUUCUGCGGGUCGCAGCGCCUUGCUGGACGAACUCACUGGCCUGUGGCAGCACAUUUCCCAACUUCGCCGCAAGAGCCAAGACCCUCGACAGUUGAGAUUUGCCUUUCCCUCGUUUCAAGAUGUCCGACAAGACGUUGCCGAGGGCAAAGCGACUAACCCUCACACGGAUCCCACGACAAGGGCACUGGCUGCCAUCUUCCUACAAUUCAGCCGGGACGAGGCCCGCGACAUCUUGCCGGCACUCUUGACCACUCUUGCCGUUCUCUCAGAUCAGCGACUCGUCAAGAGUGGGACAAACAUCGUCAUGGACCCCUUGGUGAAGCUGGUAGCCGUGGCCCUCGGCAACCAGGAAGAUGCGACACAAUCCUACGUCUCUGGAAUCUUUGACGACCGUGUGCGAUACCCCUCGGCGAGACUCACAGAGAUUCAAACCUACGUAGUCCAGCAGUGGCCGCACGCAACUGAACUGAUACACAAACGGUCAGGCUCCUCGUCCGGUUUCACCGCUCUCCACCGCCAGCUUCGAUCAGCAUACCUGGCCCGCGAUUAUGGCACCGUAUACGCCAUCUGGGAAGACUUCAAGAGUCGCCUGGAUCAGAAACCGGAGCUCGCCAAGCAGUUGCACAGCAAUGCCGAAUUGCUGGACUUUUGGGUCUUUAUAUGGUGCGCGAGCCGUCGUGCCAGGCCUCUGCAGGAAACGUUUGACCUCAUGCAGCGGCUGCGGAUACAUCCGACCCUCAAAACUUACACGGGCAUGAUGCACGGGUGGAAGAUUUGCAAGGACACGGAUCGGAUCGACGCGCUCUGGAAGAAGCUGGCGAGCUCUGGCCAGAAGCUCGACGCCCACAUCUGGACGGAACGCAUCUCCAGCCUGAUCGAGGCGGGCAAACCCCAAGCCGGUCUCGAAGCGCUCGCAGAGAUGCUUGCGCUGUGGAAGCAGGCAGUCCAGAAGAACGCCACCCACACAGCCGUACAACCCACGAUUGAGGCCGUCAAUGCUGCCUUCAAAGGCAUCAUCCAGGUCGACCGCAAGGCCGCCUUUGAGGUGCUCGAGUGGGCAAGCCGCGAGCAGAUCCAGCCCAACAUCCGGACAUACAACAUCCUCAUCCGCCAUAGCUUCCGAGACGACUCCCCCGACGAGGUUCAGACGCUGCUCAAGGUCAUGUCGCAGCACGGCAUCGAGCCAGAUGCAGCCACCUUCACCAUCAUCCUAGAGGAAGUCAUCGGCAGAAUGGGCACCGCCUCAGCCGCCGACCAAGUCGAAGCCGUGCACCUCGUCUUCCAGGACAUCCAAAGCGCCGGGCUCCGUCCCAACCUCGAAACAUACGGCAAAAUGCUCUACGCCGUAUCAUCCCUCGCCAACGGCACCGACGAGGCCAUCGCCGCGGUGCUGUCACACAUGCGCGCCGACGACUUCAAGGUCACGCCGCACAUGGUCACCAUCCUCAUCGAGCGCGCCCUGCACCGCGACCCGCCCGACAUGACGGCCAUUGACGCCCUGCUCCUCGAGCACGGCUUCUCAAACAUUAGCCAGGGCGACCAGACCCUGUGGGAGCGCGUCAUGAGCGCAAACGCCAUCACCGGCAACACGGAGCGCGCAAUGGCCGUCUUCAACGACUUGCAUAGGGCCGGACGGCCAGUCACUUCGUUGCCGUGCCUGGCGGACCUGCUGUGGGCGCUUCUGUCGGGCGACAAGCGUGAUGAGGCGCGGCAUGUGGUGGAUGUGGUGCUGGAUUAUAAGACGAGGGAUGGGAACAGCGACGUCAAGGAUGGGCGGUACUGGAGGCAUUCUUUCUGGUUUUUGGCUGAUGAGGGGGGCUUCCUCGAGGGGAGGGAUGUGCCGGACGUGCUAAAGGCGAGUCUGCGCGGGUGA